CACGGCUACAACCCUGGCAGCUAUUGGCAAAAAUCUGGCCACUUUUAAUUGAAUUGACACCAAUUUUCGCAGAAAGAAGUGCCGCAGGAGAGUCGGAAAAAAUGCAGGUGUGAGCCGCUGGCCCGGCGCCAACGCACAGCAGCAGGAUGCACUUCUCAAUCCCCGACACCCAGGAGCUGGGCUCUGCGCCCUCCUACACAGGUUACAACAUACACAUCAACGGCGCCUACCACUGCUGCCUGCGCUACAAGCAGUUACACUCCUUGAACGAGCAGCUGCGCAGGCACUGCGUGGGCGUGAGCCUGCCCCCCUUUCCUCCGAAACGUCUGCUUCCGUUGACCAGCAACCAGCUGGAGACACGACGCUGUGCUUUGGAGCACUACCUACAGGCGGUGGGCCAGGAUGGACGUCUCACUCGAUCCGCCCAUUUGCAUCAGUUCUUGCAGCGUGCUCAGCUGGACACCGCCCUGGCCGAGAAAAUGGUGACCAGUGAUUGCGAGGAGAAGCAACUGGAGGUGCAAGUCCUCACAAGGCCGUCUGGACAUAGGAUACCCAUUAGCUGCAACGUACAACAGAAUUCCAGUGCCCUGCUGAAGCUUGUUUGCCGGGAGCUCCAACUGCCUGAGGAUUUGACGCGCUACUUCUGCCUGUUCCUCGCUCGUCGCCAGCGUACGGGGGAUGAGGUCUACCUGGAGCGACGCCUCAUGGACUUUGAGGCGCCUUUUAUAACGCGACUACACGUGCCUCAGCCGUGUGAUCUGCUACUGCGCACAAGCUACUGGAACCCCAAGUGUGACACCAAGCUGUAUGGGAAUCAGGUGGCCCUGAACCUUAUCUACAACCAAGCCGUGGGCGAUGUGACCCGUGAGUGGGUAGUGAUCUGCUCAUCGAGCGUGGGACAUAAGCUUACCGGCCUGCAGGCUCAUGGAAGGCAGCGGGAGUAUAUGGAGCUAGUGCGAACGUUACCCUCAUAUGGAUGUCUGCAAUUCAACGCCUCGGAGGUUGACUAUCCGGAGUCCCAGACAACGGCUUUCAUCACCAUCGGAAAUAAAGAGCUGGGUCUUCGCACUGCACGCGGCUCCAAGAUAUACGAGACAAAGUUCCGGGUUACCCGAAUGAGAUCAUGGCGCGUCAGUGUUACUCAUAACGCGCUAGAGUCACGCCUUGAACCGACUAACCUGCAGCUGGCAUUUGAGUAUCUUAUUGCCAAACAGACCCUGCGUUGGAUUACCAUCACCAGCGAUCAAGCCAUGUUGAUGUCUGUGUGUCUACAGGCCAUGGUCGACGAGCUGCUUCAACGGGAUCCCGGCAGUGAUGACGAGCAGGAGCCUGUAGCGGGCCCCUCGUGUUCAACUACACCCAGCUCAACCUGCUCGAUGUCAACGUGGGUCACCACACCCUGUUCGGAACCCACAACACCGCCGGUUCGAUUUCUGCCCGAAGAUGCGGCUCCUAGGUCACGGCAGCAACACAAGAUGACCACUUCCCGCACUUUUGGAGCUGUGUUCUUCCGCAAUGAUGGCGCAAACGAUGGAGCCCAAGUACCCAACGAAGCGUUCGAAGGCAUCGGGGAUGAUGAUCUGUGAACGUGCUAAACAAGUUGCCAAUAUGGAAACGCUUUUUCCGCGAAACAAAAUCGCCAAACUAGAUUAAAUUUAAGCGCAAGGUGUAGGUGCAGAAACCAUAUUAAUUCAUUUAACUCGACUAUGGUUAUAGAUUUUAUAUGUGUGUAAAAAAAAAAGACUAUUCUCGCUGCUACUUGCAUACGAAAUCUAGAUGACGAGGUGCAUCUACCCACUCAAUGAAAGUACAAGUGAGAGCCGUAACGUUAUGAAUGCUCAACUGGAAAAGCUCCUUUACCCAGCAUUAUUUAUGUCUACGUGUUGAAUUAUUGUACAUGCUCUGUAAAUGGAAAUUUGAUGACAUCUUUUAUCUCUUUUAUUAUUUCAUGUAUUGUAAUAUAUGUAUGUAUGUACGUAAAUUUACCUUAUUUUAGAAAUAGACGAAAUAUGUUAUGCAUUUUAAAAGAAUAAAUGUACUGAUAUGGGAAAUGAA